GACCGCGGCAUCGGAGAAACCAACUCCAAGGCGAUAUGAUUUUUCAAGGAUUCACAGUGCAAUGUCGGCCCCUGCCAGGUUUGUAUACUUCAGUGGGCCAGAAAGGAAGCGGUUUGUUCUGCAAAGAAGUGAGUACUUGGAUUCAAGCAUGGACUUGAGAGGGUCGUCCUACAUCCAGCAUCAUGACUUCCAUCCUCUUCCCACAUGGACGCGCGAUGCUGAAACAAUUAUUCGAAUCAGCGGAGCUGAUGCGAAGUUGCCAAGUGGAGAUUUUGCAGACGACUUGAUGGUCAUCCAGGAGUAUACAGGCUUCCUUCGUCAUUUCAUGAUAUUUCCCAGCAGUCCAGGGAAGCUCACUUGGGAUGUGAUUGGAGCCGCGCUGAUAGUCUAUGAUCUCUUUGCUAUUUCUAUGCAAGUAUUCAGUCCGCCUGAAACCGGCUUGACAAUUUUCAUGCAAUGGUUUAUCCUCAUUUAUUGGACGCUGAACAUGCUAGUGUCUUGUAUGGUUGGGUACAUUGACAAGGGCAUUUUCGUGAUGGUCCCGCACAAAGUGGUUUUGCACUACUUGAAGACGUGGUUUUUGAUUGACAUCAUCGUUGUCGGAUCUGACUGGAUCUUUUCGCUCUCUGAAAGUGGAAAUUCUGCCGAGAGCUCUGUGAAGCUAUUGCGCAGCCUUCGUCUCUUUCGAAUGGUGAGAUUGAUCCGAAUUCUACGCCUGCGGAAGACCAUGGAAAGUGUAAGUGAUUUGGUGGACUCAGAGUACAUCAGCAUCAUCGUCAGCAUUUUCAAGAUGCUUGCUUUGCUUAUGAUUGUGAAUCACGUUAUCGCGUGCUUUUGGUUUUGGAUUGGAGAUUCUGGUGAAGGAGGCUGGAUUGAUGCGCACAACUUGAUGGAUGACAACUGGGAGUACCAGUAUGCAACCAGCCUCCACUGGGCGAUUACGCAGUUCACACCAGCGUCUAUGCACAUCCAGCCUCAGAACUUAAACGAGCGUUUGUUUGCUCUUGGAGUGGUAGUCUUUGCCCUCGUUGGUUUCUCCUAUGUAGUGGGUAGCAUCUCUGGCUCUUUGGCACAACUGCGAGGCAUGACCGAGAAUCGAGCUCGACAAUUCUGGGAGCUUAGACGUCACCUUCGAAAGAAUAGAGUCUCCAUUACCCUGUCAGCUCGCAUCCAGAAAUAUGUUGAGCAUGUUCUCGAGAGCCAAGAGGAAAAUGUACCGGCUGAAGAUAUCAAGUUGCUGACGCUGCUCUCUGAGCAGCUUCGAAGUGAGCUGGAGUGCGAGAUUUGCAUGCCACACUUUUCAGUGCACCCUCUUUUUGCUCGACUAUGUGUGGUCUCACGUGUGACCAUUCAUCGCCUCGCAAACAAUGCCAUUCAGAAGAAGCAGCUGGCACGGACUGACUCCUUGUUCAUUCCAGGGGAGACUGCAACGCAUAUGUACAUAGUGGUCUACGGAAGGUUGAUCUACAGCAGGAUUGAUUCCAAGGGGACCGAGCACAAAGAACUGGUUGACAAAGGGGAAGACUGGAUAUCUGAGCCUGUUCUUUGGACUUCCAGUUGGCUUCAUUUGGGAUUGCUGAUUUCAAUGACCGAAAGCGAAUUGAUGGUUCUGGACCCCACCCACUUUGGUCGAGUCGUGAAUCUGAAUCCGGAUGCUGCAGCUCUUGCAGCGACGUAUGUGGUGAACUUCAUCAAGUGGAUCAAUUCAGUUCAAAGAGACAGCCUUUCCGAUAUUUGGCAAGGAGAAAACGUUGGUCCUCGCGUUGCGGGAUUCAUGGAACUUGACGAACAUCAGUUCAAGAGUGCAAAAAGUCUAGCUGCCAAGCUCAUGAACUGGCAGAAGUGAUGUGGGUGCAGUUCGCAGGACAAUGACAUGACAUGGGACGCGAUGGUUUUAGUAUCCUCAGACCCCAGACCUCGUUUUGUAGAGGUUUCAAAUGUAUUCAAAUGUAAAUCCAAAGCUCCAAAGGAGGUGCGAAUCAAAACCAGAACAGCAUAACUAGCCUGAAUAGCGGGCUGUAUCAGCAGUCCUGCGAUGUGAAGCUGGCUGCAUUUUGAAUUUGCUCUCUCAAAGAGACGCGUGCAAGCUUUGAACUGAAGGAAGUGCUACAGCUUGCCAUAGUUUUC